GCCCCGAAGACCAAGGUCAUGACGGACGAGGUCGGCCAGCGCAUGGAGCAGCUCAAGCUGCGGCUCGCAAACCAGACCAACGGGGGCGCGCCCGGCCGACAGCCUCAAGGCCGAUCGCCCAUCUACGACUACAACCAUGCGCGCCAGUCGCCGGCGCAACAGCAACCUCAGCAGCAGCAUGCGCCACCGCGGCCGCAGCAGCCACAGCACCAGUACGUUGCGCCUCAGCAAUACCAGCAACCGCCGUCACAUCAGCAACACUACCGCCACCCGCCGCCGACGCACCAGCAGCAGCAGUACCACCAGGCGCCACCGAACCACCAGCACGCGCCACCGCACCAUCGUCAAGCACCGCCUACGCACCAGCAGCAGUACCACCAGACGCCGCCGACGCACCAGCAGUACUACCAGCAAGAGCCGCCGUCGCAAGCACACCAUGAGUACCAGCAACCGCCAUCACAUCAACCGGCGCACAGCCGGCAGCCACCGCCGGCGCCGCACGCAACGUCUCGGCACGCCCGACCAAAUGCGACGGCGCCGCCACCGACUGUGCAAGACUUGCAACAUCGGCUACGUGCCCAACGGCAGCAGCUCGAGGCCGGCAGUGGCCGCGACUCGCACCGCCACGGGCAGAUGCAGCAACAGCUGCAGCCGUACCCGCAACAACCACAACAACAACAGCCCUACGCCGAACCGGCAUUUGCGCCACCGCAGCGACACAAGGUCCCGUCCUCGUACGCCUCGUCGACAACGUCGUCGUCGUUCAGCGAGUACAGCGAGCCGUCGACGGUCGGCGGCCGGCAGAGCUACCGCCACGACGAGCGCAAGCGGCGGGCGUCGCUGACCAACACGGACAUCUCGGAAGAGUGCGACGAAGAGUUCGAUGUGCGCAUGAUGCCGCCGCGUCGGCGGAACGAGUACGACUUCAACUGGGAAGGCGGGUCGCUCGGCCUCGUGCUCGUCGAGGACCCAGCGAACCGGAUGCCGAUCGUGAAGCGCGUCUCGUCCAACGUCUCGGCGGCCGCGCGCGUCGUCAAGGAAGGCGACACGCUGCUCUACAUCAACGCGAACGCGACGCGCGAGUUUAAAAUGCCGGCGCUAAUGGGCAUGCUCAAGGACCUCAAGAAGCCGCUCAUCAUGCGCUUCAAGCGUGCGGGCACCGACGCGGAGGCGGUCAAGUCCGGCCCGGUCUUGCCGCCAGUGCUCGAAGGCGAGUACGAAUUUUACUGGGAAGAAGGCAGCCUCGGGAUGACGAUGGGCGUCACGUCGGCGGAGCUGCCGUACGUCAAGCGGCUCACGGGUCGCGGGCACUCGCCGCACCUCAAGCUCGUGCAUCCCGGCGACGAGCUCAUCAUGAUCAAUGACCGUGUGUGCGCCGACCUUGGGUUUGAAAAGGCCAUGGAAGUCAUCAAGUCGGUGCCCAAGCCCGCGACGCUGCGCUUCCGCCUCGCGCGCGCCGACGCGACGUACGACGACACGGUCUCCCAGCGAAGCUCGGUCGCCCCGCCUGCCCUCACUCUCGACGAAGCCAGCAUGUACGCUGUCACGUGGAGCGACGGUCCGUUCGGGCUCACGGUCAAGGAGCUCACGACCGACAAGGGCCCCGUGCCUGUUGUGACGCGCAAGACGGGCCGGAGCACGUGUGCGGGCCUGCGCCGCGUUGCUGUCGGCGACGUCCUUGUCGAAAUUGGCUCGAUGAAGGCCGUGGACCUCGGCUUUGACAACACAACCAAGGUGCUGCGCAACAUCGCCAAGCCCGUCAUGCUGCGAUUCCAAGCGGUCGCCGAGUAAAGAGCGCAGAGACUACUCGACUUCAUACCCCACCCACUAGACCAAAACUCAUUUUUAAGGCUACUCAACGACCCGGAUGCCACCACCGAUGAGCGACGCAAGCUGGAUGGAGGAGGACGUAAUGGAGUAUAGCGCCACAACCUUCACCUUGGCAGAGUACCUCCUCGCUACGAGUACUAGUUGGUGUUCUGCUCGAUUCGGACGGCGCAUCUGUACUAAAAUGGCACCGGU